UGGGCCCCCAUCAUCGGCCUCAUCGUAGUCGUCAUCUUCUGCGCCGCAGCCUGGGUUCUAGCGCCAAAGGGCGAAAACCAGACGGUUUGGCGAUCUACUCUUGUGCUUUCUGCAGCUGCCAUGUACAUCAUGUGGGCUAUUACUUUCCUUGCACAGCUUCAUCCACUCAUUUCGCCCGUACGAAACGACCUGCGACAGGAGUUAAACGGGGGACGCUAA